AUGGCCUCCCUCUUCUGUUGCGAUGGUGUCCUCCCCUAUCGCCCUCAGCACCUCGAUCACGAGGAGAAAUUCCGGACUUUCAUGCAAUGGGCCAAGUUUCCAAGAGAUUCCUUCGUUCAGGGUGACAAUGGCUAUUUCUCCAGGACUAGCCCAUCUUUCGCAGUGCAGCUUGUGAAGCAGGUCAACUACGGGCCGCUCGAAGCCAAACGAUAUUUCAUCCCGGAACAAGGAGGCACCGGUAAUUUCGUCGAAGUUUCCGAAAAUUAUCUGAUCGAGGGGAACUUUGAGAAGCUUAAUUCGUAUAAGAAUUGGAAAUGUGAGCAACAUAAAAAAUUCUUUGAGACGAACAUAUACCAGAAGAAUCCAAACAAUAAACAUCAUUGGAGGCUCAAUAUCGCCCGGCCAUCCAACGAGAUCGAUCUAUAA